CUGAGGAAUAGUAGAAUACAAUGUCUCUGAGCUAAACAAUGAGGCUCAUUCUAUUCGCUUUGAAGUUUUUCCUGAAAAUGUUCUGUUCUCUUCGCAACUUUAUUCACGUUAAUCGCAGAUUCCCUCGCCACGUAAGCCCUUGUUCCUCUUCUCUCUCUCAAAUUCGAGGACCUCUCUGUUUUCCUCUGUCUUCUCCCUCUCAAGCUUCCUUUAUCUCGUGUCCUUUCGUUUGGUUCACUAGCUUUCUCUGCAUCAUUCGAUACCCUUUCGUUAGCAAAAGCGGUCCUUCUAGCUAUUCCGAAGAUUUCGAAAUAAAUUGGAUCCGCAACGUUGUUCAGAAUGAUCUAUGGGAUGAUCCCCAAAUUGAGAAGCUGUUUGAUUCGACACUGGCUCCGAUUUGGGUUCCAAGGAUUCUCGUUGAAUUGAAAGAAGACCCGAAACUAGCUUUCAAAUUCUUCAAAUGGUCUAUGAACCGUAAUGGGUUUAAGCACACCAUUGAAUCAUACUGUAUAGUAGCUCACAUUCUGUUUUGUGCUAGAAUGUAUUAUGAUGCUAAUCGUAUCCUUAGAGAGAUGGUUUUGUCCAAGGCUGAAUUAAAGGACUGCGAUGUUUUUGAUGUUCUAUGGUCUACAAGGAAUGUGUGUGUUCCUGGUUUUGGAGUGUUUGAUGCUUUGUUUAGUGUUUUGAUUGAGGAAGAUAUGUUUGAGGAAGCUCUCCAGUGUUUCUCUAAGAUGAAGAGAUGUAGGGUUUUCCCAAAAACCCGGUCUUGCAACGGUUUAUUGCAUAAGUUUGCGAGAUUAGGGAAGACGGAUGGGAUGAAGAGGUUUUUCAAGGAUAUGAUUGGCGCUGGUUCGAAACCCACUGUGUUUACUUACAACAUAAUGAUAGAUUGUAUGUGUAAAGAAGGAGAUAUAGAAGCUGCCAGUGGCUUGUUUGAAGAAAUGAAGUUUAGAGGUUUGAUUCCAGACACUGUUACAUAUAAUUCUAUGAUUGAUGGUUAUGGGAAGGUUGGUCGAUUAGAUGAUACGGUUUACUUUUUCGAGGAAAUGAAGAGUAUGAGCUGUGAGCCUGAUGUUAUAACAUACAACACGCUGAUCAAUUGUUUCUGUAAGUUUGGGAAAUUGCCUAAGGGUCUGGAGUUUUUCAGGGAGAUGAAGCAAAGUGGGUUGAAACCGAAUGUUGUGAGUUACAGCACUUUGGUUGAUGCUUUUUGCAAAGAGGAUAUGAUGCAACAAGCCCUGAAAUUUUAUGUUGACAUGAGAAGACUUGGUCUUGUGCCUAAUGAGCAUACCUACACUUCCCUCGUUGAUGCCUAUUGUAAAAUCGGUAAUCUCUCAGAUGCUUUUAGGCUGGCUGAUGAGAUGUCGCAGGUGGGUGUGGAAUGGAAUGUGGUCACUUACACUGCACUGAUCGAUGGUCUUUGUGAUGUGGAGAGGAUAAAAGAAGCUGAAGAACUUUUUGGCAAAAUGGUUACAGCCGGUGUGAUUCCAAAUCUUGCAAGUUACACUGCUCUGAUUCAUGGAUUUGUAAAGGCGAAAAACAUGGACAGAGCGUUAGAGCUUCUAGACGAAAUGAAGGGGAGAGGUAUUAAACCAGAUUUACUGCUCUAUGGAACUUUUAUUUGGAGUUUGUGCGGUCUAGAGAAGAUCGAGGCCGCUAAGGUAGUGAUGAAUGAAAUGCAGGAAAAAGGAAUUAAAGCAAAUACGUUUAUCUAUACAACGUUAAUGGAUGCUUAUUUUAAGUCGGAAAACCCCUCUGAGGGAUUGCAUCUGCUAGAAGAGAUGCUAGAACUUGAUAUCGAGGUCACAGCUGUUACCUUUUGUGUUUUGAUUGAUGGAUUGUGCAAAAACAAGUUAGUUUCUAAGGCUAUUGAUUAUUUCGGGAGGAUAAGUAACGAUUUUGGUCUACAAGCAAACGCAGCGAUAUAUACAGCCAUGAUAGAUGGUCUCUGUAAAGAAGAUCAAGUUGAGGCCGCAACAACCCUUUUUGAACAAAUGGCUCAAAAAGGUCUAGUCCCAGACAGAACCGCAUACACAUCGUUAAUAGAUGGGAAAUUGAAGCAAGGGAAUGUGGUACAGGCUUUGGCUUUACGCGACAAAAUGGCUGAGAUUGGUGUGGAGUCCGGAGCCAGGUUCGGAGAUCUCUGUCAGAAUACGAUAAAGCUCAGUUUGAGAAUGGGAGCUAGGGUUGGAGUGCAGCAUUACAAUUUGGGAUCGGCUGAUUCCUAUAUCAGUAGUUCUCUCAACGAUCUCAACUCCGUUGAUGGUCCACCGAGAGAUAUCGACGGCAUCGGAGCCGCCGUUGGUCGUGACGGAGAUAGCUUGGACAACGACGGCGGUUCCUCCUCCGCGGACUGUAUGCACGAAUCAUACAGAAACUCGAUGCAAAUCCACAAUGACGUAGUUGAAGAAGGUGGAUCUAACAUGGAGAACAAGGGAUCAGCUUACACUAUGUUAAACGUUGAAGAUGUUUCACCGAUUGAAUCAGCACGAGGGAGAUUUCUGCAAAUCAUAUUGGAUUACUUUAUAAGUCAACAUGUGAUUGAAGUCUGCGAGAACAAGCGUGAUCAUGAAACGGGUUCAGGAGGAGGACAGGAUAAUAAUAAUACUAAAGUCAAGAGGAAGUCGGAUGAUACAAAGUAUGAAGGUGACCCGAGUUUUGCGUUGCCGCUUAUGUAUAUUGCGAAUCUAUACGAGACUUUGGUCGGUGAAGCAAAUGUGAGGCUUGCUUCAUUGACUGGAAUAAGGGAAAAGACUAUUGGUGUAGCUCUUGAAGCAGCAGGUGGCUUGUAUAGAAAAUUAACAAAGAAGUUUCCUAAGAAAGGUGCUUGCAUGUACAGGAGAAGAGAACUGGCAACUUCAGUAGAGACAAGGACAAGGUUUCCAGAAUUGGUAAUACAUGAAGAGAAACGAGUUCGGUUUGUGGUGGUUAACGGUUUGGAUAUUGUUGAAAAGCCGGAUAAUUUACCGAUUGAAGAUGCUGAAUGGUUUAAGCGAUUAACAGGCCGCAAUGAAGUAGCUGUCUCUGCAAGAGAUUAUAAAUUCUAUUGCCCUAGACACAAGCAUAGGCGUGUUCAGAAUUCUGUCUCCAGCAUCCAUGGCUUACCUACAUUUCCAGGUAUGGAUUCAUCUACUUUAGCUAAUACACAAGGAUUUCGCUCUGUUAGUGAAGAUCAAAGUCAACAACAACAACAACAACACACUCCUUCUCCUUCCAAACAUCACAUGUCAUCUCUGUCUCAUCAUCCUCAUCAGUUUCACCAACCUAUUCAUCAGAGCCACCACCAUCAUCAACCUAUCUACCAAAGUCAACACGCUGCCGCACAUUUUCCUGGUCAGAACCAUCAAUGUGACCCUGAACUAUCUCACACCCACCAGUCACCAUCUAUUUCGCAGCACAUGGCUUGCUUGCAACCCCUCACUGGAGGCCAUGUCAUGCCAACCAGUCCGGCGAAAUUCUGUGACCAAUGUGGAGCACAGUACUUGAGAGAUACAUCCAAAUUUUGCUCAGAGUGUGGUUGCAAGAGAUUUGGGAUUUAGUGAAUACAGGGCUGUGCCCAUAUGGAAUCACUCGCCUAAGGGCUUUUGUAUACAUAUGUUUAUUUGUUUGGGGGAUAUAUUUUGAUAUCGAAAUUUAGUUAUAUAGUGAUAAACAUAUUCUAAGCUGUUAGACAU